UUGUUUAUGUCGUUUAUGUUAACAUGUGAUUCACUCAGUAUGAGAUUAAAAUUUAAUUAUUUAAUAAUAAUAAAAUUUUUGGAUUAAAUUAUUCCGUUAGCGCAUUUUUAUUCCUACGAAUACGCAAUGAGCUUAGUAAAAGUGAAAGAUGCCCCCACGGUUUGGAAAUAUUUGAAUGGUGUCGUUAACAUCUACAAACCCUCCGGGCUCACCGUACAUCAGAUCCGGCACACGAUAAUCGGCAACCUAUGCAGAGAUCUCAACGAUUUGGAAGUCCGCCCUUCACUACAACGGGUUACUAUUGAGCCGACCCCUGCCAUUAAAACCGAAGGUGUCUCCGAUACUACCAGUAGGUACAUCGUAAAACGCACCGAGGACCUUUCAGACAACGUACUAGUAUGUGGACCCCGGUAUCAAACCGAAGACGUCAAAAUACGAAUGUCUGCGAAUCAUGGUCGCUUGACCAGUGGCGUUCUAGUUGUAGGCAUCAACAAAGGCACCGAUAUCGCGUUCCAAGUUCAGAAAAAUAGACCCCUUAGAGUGUACCGGGUAACCGGCUUCCUGGGCAAAGCCACCGAGAGCCACUUUGGGUUUUCACGGGUAACGGCCAAAGCUACCUGCAAGCACAUAGGAUCGGACAAAAUCGGUCGGCUAUUGGCAUCGUUGCAGGCUUCACAUCAGCGCAAGAUGUUCGAACUUUGUGGCGUGGAUCUAGCAUCGCAGGCAGCCUACGACCUUGCCGUCAAAGGAACAAUCCGGCCCGCGGACAACAGCCAACCGAUGAUCUACGGAAUGCGGCUGGUCGAGUUCCGGAAGCCGUUUUUUACCAUAGAAAUCCAUGCCAUCAACGAAACGGAAGCCUACCUGGGUCAGCUGAUUCACGAGAUCGGAAUCGACCUCAAAUCGGUGGCCCACUGUGUCGGGAUUCGUUGCAUUCGGCAUGGCCAUUUUCUGCUGGAGCAUGCGCUGCUGCGAAAGGACUGGAAUCUGCAGAACAUACUGACCGGGAUGGCCCACUCGAACCGAUUGCUCCGGGAGCACCCGGAAAUGCACUGGCAACCAAGCUCGGAACUAGUCAGCCUGGACGACAACCGAUGAAACGAGAACCAUCCAAGGUAGGAGAUAAUGUUUGAAAAAUAGAAGGAAGCUUGUAAAUUGAAACUUGUAGAAAUAAAAAAAACUACUAAUAACA